AUGGCGCACCGAGUGAGAGAGAUCAUCUCCCAUUUCCUUGUCCUCUCCAUCUUCUCUCUUCAAGUCACCGACAUCGCCGGCGGCGACCACUACGAGGACGACCGCAUCAAGAGCCUCCCCGGGCAGCCGCCAGUGUCCUUCGCUCAGUUCUCUGGAUACGUCACGGUCCACGAGAAGAACGGGAGGGCGCUCUUCUACUGGCUGACCGAGGCCGCCGGCGACGCCGCGAGGAAGCCGCUUGUGCUCUGGCUUAACGGAGGUGAGUGCCAAGAGCUCACUAGCCUUUGCUUCUACCUGUCGCCGGCUUUCUCCAAUGCCUUGUUCUCCUCGCUCCCCCCACCCCCCCUCCUCCUACGGAUUGUCCCCGUUUCUCUACAUGCUACGUAGAGAUUAUUUCAUAAAAAAUUACGUGAAAACGAGGGCUGUUGAUCGAUGGGUAGAGUGGUAACCAAUGGGGGGUGUGGAAAUUAGGAUGAAUCUUGGCAAAAAUCCGUUCUUUUGAACGGAAGCGGGCACUCGAUUUCAAAAUGAUGAGCCGGCCAUUCGCUUCGCCGUUUUAUCAUAAUUACUGCCAUCAAUGCUCGAGAAGGUUGGGGCUGGUUUUGGGUUUUUUUGUCUGCAUGCGCCCACGUGUCCGGCGCCCAGAGAAGCCGACAAUCCGCAUGCCCCGCAUUAAACCGGGUUAAAAAGCUGCCGCUCCAUGAGCGCAAGUUAGCAUGUUUCCUAUGGUAUCAGUGACAGAGUCGGGCUCUGCGUCUCUCUCUCUCUCUCUCUCUAACACCCCACGAGGGGGAGGAGGGGAGAGAGAGAGACCCGUCCGUCCACCAGCAGCCUCUGGCAGGGACAAUCCAAGGCCGCAGCGCCUUAUCUCAGUCCAGAUCUCUAUCCCUUGUGCUAAUCCGUGGCUGCCAUCAUCGUGUUGGAUGGAAACAUGCACGAGAGAGAAUCUGCAGGCACGAAAGUGCACUGCCUUUCACUCCCCACCCCAAACACCCCUCUCUCUCUCUCUCUCUUGCCGAAGAAGAAAAGCUUUCUCCUGCAACUCUAGGGUUCCAGCCGGCAAAAGGUUUCCAGGGGACCUCCUUUUGACCCGAAGAGUAGACCUCUGCGUCAGUGGAGUCACCGCCCUCUUCCCUGCUAUGAUGCACGCGAGGGAGAGAGAUGAGCUUCGACUCGGUGUAGAUACAGUCCGCGAGGAACCAGCCAGUGGAAGCUCUUCUCGAGGCCCACUGGUGGUGCCUGGCGCACUGCAGGCCGGUGCAGUCUUAGCAAUGGCGGUGGCGCUGGUGGGGGCCUGCGACUUCCUGCAGCUCCUGUUGCAGGAGAUAGAGCAGUGAGAAGCUUUUGUGAUGGGUCGUUCAGAUCAAUCAAUGGCCAGUUAAUGCGGAUUAUUUCGCUGGAGACUGAUCGUCGUUCUCUCGGCAGGGCCGGGGUGUUCGUCGGUGGCCUACGGGGCUUCGGAGGAGAUCGGUCCCUUCCGGAUCAACCGCACUGGUUCGUCCCUCUUCCUCAACAAGUACUCCUGGAACAGAGGUAAGCCGCAGAACCGAAUGCAGAUUCUCGCCACGAUUCGAUCAUUGGAGCUGAUCUGAUGGAGUCAUCUUCUUCGACUGCAGAGGCGAACCUUCUAUUCUUGGAAUCCCCCGCUGGCGUUGGCUUCUCCUACACGAACACGAGCUCCGAUCUCAAGACGUCGGGGGACGAACGCACGGGUAGCUUUCGAGUAUCCCACCCUCUCCCCGGCGUUUUUUUCUUCUAUCACCGUUGACUAUUUGGGUGGACUGAUGACCGGAGAUUUCAUCCGCGCAGCCCGAGAUGCGUUGACUUUUCUGACCAGAUGGAUGCAGCGGUUCCCCCAAUACAAGCACAGGGACUUCUACAUCUCCGGGGAGAGCUACGCAGGUAAUACUCACCUGGGUCGAUCAUCCGACGAGUGAAACGAGGUCUUACUGGGCGACUUUGGAUUCCCAGGGCAUUACGUUCCUCAGCUGGCCAAAAAGAUCGUUGACUACAACAAGUCCCUCACCAAACCUUUCAUCAACCUCAAGGGUUUCCUGGUAUGUCGCUAGAGAGAGAGAGAUGGGCACAACCUGCAUCUGAUCCUGCUGCGUAUAUCGUUGAAGGUAGGGAAUGCGGUGACGGACAACCAUUACGACGGGAUCGGAACGGUGGCCUACUGGUGGACGCACGCAAUGAUCUCCGACAAGACCUACAAGACGAUCCUCGCCCACUGCAACUUCACGGCGGUGAAGAACACCGCCAAGUGCGACAACGCAGUCGACUACGCCAUGAACCACGAAUUCGGCGACAUCGAUCAGUACAGCAUCUACACGCCAGCCUGCAACGCCGCCGCGCGCAACGCCACCAGCCGCCCCCUGCGGCUCCGUGGUACCGUCCUCCGCCGCCGGUCCUACGGCUACGACCCCUGCACGGAGAGCCACGCCGAGAAGUACUACAACCGGCGGGAGGUGCAGGAGGCCCUGCACGCCAACGCUACCGGUAGCAUCCCCUAUAAGUGGACCGCCUGCAGGUACGCCGGAGUUUUGGCCUCUGAGUUUGCAUGAUUUAUCAGUAUGUCCGACGAUUACUGAAGCUUCUUGCUGCAGCGACGUGCUCAUCAAGAACUGGGGCGACUCGGAGUUCUCCAUGUUGCCGACUUACCGGCAGUUAAUGGCGGCUGGCCUUCGGGUGUGGGUUUUCAGGUUAGGGCAGCUGGUGGAUGUCCUCUCACUAAGGAUCUUUUGACUGAGAUCGUCGUCUUCGUUAAAAAACUGACUUCUUCUUGGUAAUUCGUCGCAGCGGGGACACGGACUCCGUGGUUCCGGUGACGGCCACGAGGUUCUCCUUGAGCCACCUCAACAUCACCGUCAAGGUCCCCUGGUAUCCAUGGUACUGCGGUCGAGAGGUACGUUCACAUCCCGAGCCCAACACACGCGUUGACUUUUUUUCCCAUCGGCGUGUGAUCCGAUCCACACGGGGUUCUGACCUCGAUGGCGUGUACAGGUAGGAGGAUGGACCGAGAUCUAUGAAGGGUUGACUUUUGCGACUGUGAGAGGCGCCGGGCACGAGGUCCCUCUUUUCCAACCCAAGAGGGCUUUCCAACUUUUCAAGUCUUUCCUGGCUGGCUCGCUUUUGCCCAAGUCUUAG